CAUCCAUAUCCAACAGAAGAUGAGAAAAAACAGAUAGCAGCACAAACAAAUCUUACAUUGCUCCAGGUUAACAACUGGUUUAUCAAUGCUAGAAGGCGAAUUCUCCAGCCAAUGUUGGAUUCCAGCUGUUCUGAAACACCAAAAACGAAGAAGAAAACAGCUCAAAACCGACCAGUUCAAAGGUUCUGGCCAGACUCCAUUGCAUCAGGAGUAGCUCAGCAUCAGUCAAAUGAACUUACUAUGUCAGAUGGAGCUGUUGUAACAAUUACAGCUCCCGUCAACAUGAAUGUAGACAGUCUCCAAUCACUUUCAUCUGAUGGUACUACUUUGGCUGUUCAGCAAGUCAUGAUGGCAGGGCAAAGUGAGGAUGAAUCUGUAGACAGCACUGAAGAUGAUGGAACAGACCUCUCAACUACAAAUAUCAGUGGGCUGGUCUUGGAUAACAGUGAUUCUCUGCAAUAGGAAGCAAGAGGACAUGACCUAAAUAUAUUAGGAACAACAACGGACUGACUGACUUUUUAUAGUUUGCACAGCAAACAUUUUACACAAGUUUUAUUUCUAAUAUGUUUUAUAUGUAGAUAUAGAAGAGUGCACUUUUUUGUAUUUCAUAGUAAGCUUAAAGAGUGUCUUUGCAGGUGCAGCAACUUCUUUCAAAUGUGUUUUUUUUUUAAUUUUGAAAAUCUAGUAAGUUAAAAAAAAAAGAUCACCCCAUUUGUUUCCCUAAAGUUAUUAUCUCAUUCACACAUACACACAUAAAAAGCUAAGUCAACCUGAUAAAAAAAAAUGAGUAUAUGGGGUUGCAGACAUGGGGUAAAAUGGUGGUUGCCUGGAAUGUGAGUUAGUUUUACAUCAGCAUGGAUUUAAACUUACCCCAACCAGACAAUCACUACGUUACUCAGUUCUUGCUAUUCUAUAGCAUCAUAACAUCUGCAAUUUUCAGAUGUAUAAAAUUGCACUGCUAUGGGAGAACUGAAAGUACUUUUUAUUUCAUUGAAAGUAUCCAGUUUCAGUUCUGUCAUUUUAACAAUGGUGGUUUAAUAAUGUAAAUGUAAAGCAUGUCAAACUAGCGUAUGGGAUUUGUUUAUGAAGUUAGCUAUGUAGAUUUGAAAGAUGCUUCUGCACCUUAAAAAAAACAAACCUAAGCUGCCAGUCUAAAGUGGGCAACAUAAUACAAAAAAAAAAAAAAAGUGGAAAUGUGUGAUUCCAUAAAGAAUGCAUGGCAUUUACUAUAAAUUUAAUUUCUUCAGGAGGUGUUAGGUGGACAAGCCUAGAUCUCAUUGUACCUUUUAAAUGUGCUGUUUGAUUUAGCUACCACAGCUUCUUCCUCAUCCUUUCUCCCUUUUUUUAUCCACCUGCCCAGUGGCUCCUUUGCAAUGUUUUUUUGGAGCAGAUAAGGUGAGGUUAGAAUGGCAAUAAAAGGAUUAGAGGAGCCAGAAGAAGCCAUGAUUGUAGCUCUCUUCAGGUGAUACAUUCCAGUGUAGAAUUCAACAUGUAAGGAGCAGUGAGCCACCCCUACGCUGUCUUAGCAGUAGUGGUGACAUCACUGAAGAACUGGUCUCCCCAAGUAUGCUAUUAUUUUAUGCAGUAUGGAGUUUGACAAUGCAUGGUUCCAGUUUUCACAGAACUCUUCACAUGUAUGAGAACAUGUCCAAUUGCUAACAGUCAUGCUGUAUUCAAAGAUGACUAGCUAUUAGUUGACAUAGCAACAUAGCAUGACUUAAAGAGUGGAAGGAUUAUUAGUGAUUCUUCAUAUGUUGAAUUCUAAGUGGGAGUCUCUUGCCUGAACAGCUAUUCUCUUAUCCCAGUUCAAGGAUACAUUUAAAGGUACAGGAGAUGCCAUAAGGUGUGCUCCUAGCUAGUGUGUCUGUUCAUUGUUUGCUAUAAAACACUUAUUUUUACCUUUAUCAGGAUUAUUGGAUGAAAAAUAUUUUUAUAAAUUCUGUAAGAAUUGGAAGGAUGACUGUAUUAAGCACGAGGAAAAAGUGUUUAGUACUACUAUUUGGAAGGUUAUGAAAACAGUCCAAAUUGAAUAAACAUGCCUAUGUGACAUUCUAUGGUUCUCUGCUAUCCCAUAAUGGUACAACUCAUAGUAAUAUAUUAAGGUCCAUUCCUUAGUGGGAAGCUGGAUAUUGGUCAGCACUGUUUUGUUAUUUCAUGUAAACUACCAUUCAAAUUAUAUUUCUGUCUAUAUUGAAUGCUGUCUCACAAGAGUAGCCUUUCUCAACCUGGUGCUUUCCAGAUGUUUUGGGUCUUUUAACUCCCAGAAGUCCAAGCCAGCAGCAUCUAAUGAUGGCUGAAAUUCUGGAAAUUUCUAGCAAAGAGCACCAGCUUGGGGAUGCCUGCUGAACAGGAGAUAUUCAGGUGAAUAAAAACACACAGUCUCUAUCACAAUAAAAAAAAAAUCCUCAAUAAUACAUAUACUUCACAUCAGUUGACAGUGUGCAGGUACUUUCUUCUGGGUUAUCUGUAAUUUUUCCCCACUUUAUUGCAUCUCAAAUGUUAUGUAUUCUGCAGCUGUAAUACAAAUAAGGUAAGAUAAAGUCUCCUUUGAAUUGA